UAUAUUCGACGAUCUCUGUCGUUUGAGGAUUCGCAACGUGAACGACUUCGAAUGGCUCAAGCAAUGCAGAUUUUAUUAUGACCCCGAAACGGAAGACGUCCCCAUAAAGAUCACCGACAUAGAUUUCGUUUAUCAGAACGAAUUUUUAGGCUGCACCGACAGACUAGCGAUCACUCCUCUCACCGACAGAUGCUACAUUACUUUGGCUCAGGCCGUCGGUAUGAACUUCGGCGGUGCACCCGCGGGACCGGCCGGCACCGGUAAGACGGAGACCACCAAAGACAUGGGGAAAGCUCUCGGAAAAUACGUGGUGGUGUUCAACUGCUCGGACCAGAUGGACUUCCGCGGUUUGGGCAGAAUAUUCAAGGGACUGGCCAUGUCUGGAACUUGGGGAUGCUUCGACGAGUUCAAUCGCAUCGAUCUGCCCGUGCUCUCGGUCGCUGCUCAGCAAAUAGCGAUCGUGCUCGCCGCGAGAAGAGAGAGGAAGUCGAGUUUCGUUUUCAG